AUGGAAUCCCCAAACGAUCUCCCGCUUUCCGAAAAGCGGCAAGAAGAGCAAAGCCUCGAGGAUCACACUAUCAAGGAACAGCAUGGUAAAACCGAACACGGAGACGACACCCACGCCGAAAACGCGUCUGAAAGCGAAAGCACCAGCCCAAGCCAUAUCCCCAAAAUCGAAAAAUCAGGCAAAUGCGAACUCACCGAAGACGACUGCUACGAUAAGCUAGGCUUCUGCUUCCCGACAUGGAAAAAAUGGACCAUUCUAUCGGUGAUUUUCGUGGUCCAAAUGUCCAUAAACUUCAACACGGGCGUCUACGCCAACGCAGUCACCGGUUUAACCGAGGAAUUCCAUAUCAGCGAGCAAGCUGCCAGAGUAGGACAGUGUGUUUUCUUGGUUGCGUACGCUUUUGGUUGUGAGUUGUGGGCUCCUUGGUCGGAGGAGUUUGGUCGCUGGCCUAUUAUGCAGCUGUCGCUUUUUCUGGUGAACAUUUGGCAGAUCCCUUGUGCUUUAGCACCUAAUUAUGGCACGAUCGUUGUUUGUCGUGUCCUCGGUGGCUUGAGUUCUGCUGGUGGCUCUGUUACUCUGGGUAUGACUGCUGAUAUGUGGGAGGCUGAUGAUCAGGGUUUCGCUGUGGCAUAUGUUGUUCUCUCGUCCGUUGGUGGUUCGACUAUUGGGCCUGUCUUUGGUGGAAUGAUCGGUCAAUGGCUCUCCUGGCACUGGGUCUUUUGGAUGCAGUUGAUUGUUGGCGGUACCACUCAGUUGCUUCAUUUCUUCCUGGUACCCGAGACGCGAGCUACUAUUCUGAUCGACCGGGAAGCGGAACGUCGUCGCAAGAACGGCGAUGAAGUCUACGGUCCGAAUGAACUCAAGACACCCCGUCUAGAUCUCAAGGACGUUCUACGUCUCUGGCGACGCCCUUUCGAGAUGUUCCUCCGCGAGCCAAUUGUCCUGUUUCUCUCCCUUCUAUCUGGUUUCUCCGAUGCGUUGAUCUUUGUCUUCACCGAGUCGUUCACUCUGGUUUUCAAACAGUGGGAUAUGAACACCCUUGCUAUUGGGUUGACAUUCUGCUCGAUCUUGGUCGGUUAUAUCAUCGCAUACUUCAUCUUCCUUCCCGAUAUCUGGCGCCAAAUCAAGCUACGCAGAAAAGAAGGAGCGGGGAGUCGCCUCGCAGAGCGUCGAUUACUCCUCCUCCUCUUCAUCGCUCCACUCGAACCUAUCGGUCUUCUCGGUUUUGCCUGGACAACCAUGGGUCCACCAAUUCCCUGGAUCGCACCUUGUAUCUUCGCCUGUCUGAUUGCGAUGGCUAAUUAUGCUAUCUACAUGGCGACCAUCGAUUACAUGGUUGCUGCGUACGGACCGUACUCCGCCUCUGCGACGGGGGGUAAUGGUUUCGCUCGAGAUUUCCUGGCUGGUAUUGCGACUAUGUACUCGACUCCAAUGUAUGAGAAUAUUGGAGGCAGGUAUCAUCUUCAGUGGGCUAGUACUUUGCUUGGUUGUGUUGGGUUUCUUGUUUUGAUUCCGAUUUACGUGUUUUAUUGGAAGGGGCCGGAUAUUCGGGCGAAGAGCAAGUUUGCGCAGCAGCUUGAGGCUGAUCGGACGAGGCAUGGUGGGCGUCGAGCAAGUCGGAUGGGUUCUGGUGAGGAUCCGUAUGCCUAG